AUUUGUGUGAGGCAGCACCGUGAGGAUUAUGUCAGAUGGAGGCGUGCUAAUAUCCCAUUUUCUUAGCCUUGGGACGCUACCUGUUACCGGGAGAGAGAACACACAUAGAGACCGUCCACGAUGCAGAGAGAACACGCGGGAGAGGAAGGAGAGGAGGAGGAGGUGGGCGGGGCAAAGACAGAUGGGAACGAGCUGGGGAACGGGAGGAGAGCAACGCCCGCCUCGCUCGACCCCUCACGGCUACCUUCAGCGGGGGAGGAGAGGCCAUCAGCGGCCCUAGAGUUCCCUGGUGUCCGUUUCGCCGACCAUAACAUCACGACGAAGCCCCAGCAGGAAACACAGGUGGUGGUGGAGAGCCUGAGGGAGAACGAGGUGAAGGAUGCGAGGCCACAGGAGCAGGUGGAGGAGAUGGUGGAGGUGGACUGGUUUGGGACUCCACUCGCCGUCUCCACCCUGCCUGACUUUACCUCGAUGUACCGCAAACACUACCCCAACCCCCACCACUUCCUCCACCGCCACUACCAGCUGCAGGAGCGAGGAGGGACGCAGGAGGGGACGGCACCAAGAGCGAGAGAGAUACAUGAACAGUUCGAGGGCGUUGGGUGGGUGGCACGCGACACGGCCCCGCCAGGUCAAGUGGGCGGCUACGUCAAGAUGGGCGGGGAGGUGGGCCGCGCACUGCUCCACCCUCAGGCAACCCGCUGGACCACGCCCCCCUCCCGCCUGGCUGUCAUCAGGAGGACCGACCCCGUGGAGUACUUCAACCUGUGUGACCCCAGUAACAAGAUACCGGUGGAGCGCCUCGUGUACCAGUGGACGCUGCGGGACCAGGCGGCCGUGGACGAGCAGGUCAGUCUGGGUCGUGCCUGCAGGUCCUCGGGCUUCACAAGGAACUCCACCCCGCACCUGCCGCCCCAAGAAACAAGGACCUUCGCCUCUGAGUAUGCCUUGAGGUAUGGUUCCAAGGCCCCCAGAAAUGACGUCGAGGGGCUCCAUCCUGCCCUAGAGGAACCCCCCGUCCCCCGGCCACCAGAGUACCCAGCCUACGGGGGAACUACGACCAUGGACGACACCCCUAACGCUUUCCUCAGGUUCUCUCCACACCUGCUGAGGAAGGACCCACACCUGCAGAGCCCCGCCAAACCUGCCCACGCUCUCCGCCAGGCCCAUAAGGACUUCACCAACUUCUAACACACACACACACACACACACACACACACACACACACACACACACACACACACACACACACACACACAGCUUGACCUGGCUUGGUUAGAUGUAAGGUUGAGGUUGUCUUUGUAGGGAUUCCCAAAACUUGAAGCUGGGUUUGUUGUUAUCAUUGUUAUUAGUAGUUCUUCUUGUUCUUGUUCUCCUUUUUCUAAUCCAUGUUUUGUGUUUUUACUUUUAUUUAUUUCUUCUUCUUUUUCUUCUUCUUCUUCUUCCUCCUCCUCCUCCUCUUGUUCUUCUUCUCUUUCUUCUCCUUUCACUUCUUGUUCCUAUUCUUGGUCUUGUUUUUUUACUUAUAUUUAUUUCUUCUUUUUUCUUAUUCUUCCUCCUCCUCCUCCUCCUCUUGUUCUUUUCUUUCUUCUCCUUCCACUUUUUGUUCCUAUUCUUGGUCUUCUUGUUUUUGUUGUUGUUGUACUUCCUCCUACCUUAUUCCUAUUCUCAACAUUCUCAUUUUCCUUAUCAUUAUAAAGUAAGCGCAACAUCUGGUACUAAAAGGGUCAGACCACAACAGGCUGCUCGAGGCCGGCACCGCUACGUCCCUCAAGCACUGAAGAGCAGGAAGCGAAAAAGACGGUGUGGAAAGAGAAGGAAAAAGAAAGAGGAAAAAGUUUUGA